AUGGUUCGCCUCCGCGAAAUCCAGCGCACCGCGGUGUUUGCCUGGUCACCGGGAGCUGGAGCACCUCUACUAGUGACGGGCACGCGUGCCGGCGCCGUCAACGACGAUUUCUCCAGCGAAGUCCAGCUGGAACUGUGGGAUCUCGCUCUGGAUCAGUUGGACCAUGACGGAGAGUUAAAGCCAGCUGGCAGCAUCACCACGGACGCGGGCUUCAACGAUAUAGCGUGGAGUGAGCCAGACGACGAUCAUCCUCUGGGUGUUAUUGCUGGUGCGCUGGAGAAUGGCUCUGUGGAUCUGUGGGAUGCGCAGAAGCUGCGUGCUGGCGCUGCCGAUGCCUUCAUUUCGCGGACCACAAAGCACAGUGGCAGCGUCAAGGCACUCCAGUGGAACCCCUACCGACACAACCUGCUGGCCUCUGCCGGUACCAAGGGCGAGAUCUACAUCUACGACAUCAACAACAUGGCCAACCCAUUCCGUCUGGGUGCUACUGUAGCAAGAGCAGAUGACAUUGAGUGUCUGGAUUGGAACAAGCAGGAGAAGACGGCCCAUAUUCUAGCUACGGGAAGCAGUGGUGGAUUUGUCACAGUGUGGGAUGUUAAGCAGAAGCGGGAUAUCCUGACCUUGAACAACCAGGGUCGCAAAGCUGUGAGCGCGGUGGCUUGGGACCCCGAAGAGAGCACAAAGUUGGCAACUGCGACGCCUAGCGAUCAGGAGCCUUUGAUCUAUCUCUGGAGUCUGAGGAACAGCAGCGCGCCGGAGAGGACACUCAAAGGCCACGAACUAGGAGUUCUAGGGUUGUCGUGGUGCGUGCAGGACCCAGACUUGCUCUUGUCUUGUGGAAAGGACAAUCGCACUAUUUGCUGGAAUCCCAAGACCGGAGAACACUACAGUGAUUUUGCAGGAGGGUCGAAUUGGGCAUUCCAGACCAAGUGGAACCCGCACAAUCCCGCGCUGAUUGCAAGUGCAUCGUUCGACGGCAAGAUUGUAGUCACUUCCAUACAAAACACAAACUCCAAGUCAGAAGAGCAGACAGCGGCAAACCAGACUCUUGAUGGCGAGGACUUCUUCGCCAAGGCGCAAACUCAGCCUCAAGGUACCUCUUUCAAUCUCCCCAAGGCACCUCGAUGGGCAUCUCGACCGGCUACUGUUUCCUUCGGGUUUGGCGGAAAGCUCAUUCGAGUGAGUUCCGACGCUGCUCGCAAGAGUAAGAUCACCAUCGACAGCUUUGCAGUGGACGAAACUGUUGGCGAAGCCACAAAGAAAUUUGACGAACAGCUCAAUGGUGGAGAUUUGGCUAGCAUCUGCGCUAGGAAGAUUGAUGAGGCGCAAACUGAGGAAGAGAAAGCCGAUUGGCAAGUAAUUGAAACGCUAAAUGCAGGCAAGUCGAGAAAGCAGCUCAGGCAGCAUCUCGGUCUUGGUGAUGAAUUGGAUGGCGACUUGGCCAAAUCGGCUGAGAAGCUUGCUAUCGACGACGAUGGCGCAGCGAAGCCUGAAGCUGAUGCCGACAAGGACGACUUCUUUGGCAAUGGUGAUGAUGGCGACAACUUCUUGGCAGAUCUAGCAGCCACCAAGGGAGCCAAGACGAACAACCCAUUCCACAUCUACACCGGAUCUGAGUCUGAUGCUGACAAGAGCAUCACGCGGGCGCUGAUGCUGGGAGAGUUCGAGGCCGCUCUUGACAUUUGCUUAAAGGAAGACAGAAUCUCGGACGCUUUUAUGAUUGCUGUCUGCGGCGGUCAGAAGUGCAUCGACAAGGCUCAAAACGCUUAUCUCAAGAAAAAGGCCAAUGGUCCAAACUACCUUCGGCUUCUUGCUAGCAUUGUGGGGAAGAACUUGUGGGAUGUUGUCCAUAACGUGGACAUCAGCAAUUGGAAAGAGGUCAUGGCCACAUUCUGUACCUACGCCGACGAGACUGAGUUUUCGGACUUGUGCGAAGCGCUUGGAGAUCGCCUGGAGGAGGCUUACCAGUCGAACAACGACAAGAAUCUGCGACGGGACGCUUCCUUCUGCUUCCUCGCGGGCGCCAAGCUAGAGAAGGUUGUCAACAACUGGGUUGAAGAGCUGCAGGAGAAUGAGAAAGCAGUCUUGGACAAGUCAACAGACAACGAUAGCUUCUCUGUGCAUACCAAGUGUCUGCAGGAUUUCAUCGAAAAGGUAUCUGUUUUCCGGAAGGUUACCGCUUUCGAAGACGCCGAGAUGCAGUCGACGGCAGACUGGAAGCUUGCACCCCUUUACAGCCUAUACGCCGAGUAUGCAGAAAUCCUCGCAGCUCAUGGCCAACUUGCAAGCGCCGCGCAGUAUAUUAACCUUUUGCCGACGAAGUUCAACGGUGCKGAGUCAGCACAGCAGCGCAUCAGACAGGCUACGACGAAGACUGCGGCUGCCACUCAGACCAGAGCCUCAACCACCCAGCGUGCGGCCACACGUGCCCAGCCUGUUAUACCGGCCUUCCAGCCGGUGCAGGCAGCGCAGCCAGCGCAACCACUGAUCAAUCAGGCUCGCAAUGCUGCACCGUCUCCAUAUGCGCCCGUGGGAACCGGCACGCCUGCACAGAGUAUGUCCAAUCCAUAUGCGCCGACGACGAAUGCCUAUGCGCCGACGACGAAUGCGUAUGCCCCUGCUGGAUACCAAGCGCCACAGCAGCAAGCUCCAUACGGGCAGCCAGCAGCGUAUGGAGGAUACCAACCUCCACAGCAGCAAGCUCCUCACGCACCCCCUCCGCGAGCAGGAGGAGCUGCAUCACCGUCUGUUGCUCCUCCGUUCACUGCGAAGAAAGUAGGCGAUUGGAACGACAUGCCCGAGGGAUUCCUCAAGGAGCGUCAGCCAAACUCGCGAAGGGGCACACCUGGACCCCAGCCCGUGGGCUCCCCUUUCCCAAAUGCAGUACCCAACACUAUGGCAUCCCCUCCUCCACCUUCAUCCGCGCAGUACGGCUUCCAAAAGUCGACCACACCUCUACCACCUCCUCCCAGAGCCGGCGAAGCACCUCCGCGAAUCAUGUCCCCGCCAAUGGGCGGACCACAGGGCAUUCAACGUCCAGCUUCCUCAGCAGCGAAUGCAUACGCUCCACAGACGCCCCAGCAGCCUGCCGGUUCAACUCUUCCACCUCCACCAGGACCACCACCUGUGCACCGCGGUGCGUCUCCAUAUCAGCCUCCGCCAUCCACCUCCUCCGCAGCACCCUCGAGCAGAUACGCGCCAGCGCCUGGCAGCCAACAGCAACCAGCGCCUGGAAUCAUGAUGCCGCAGAGGAAUGUUGCACCAAAUCCGUACCAGGCUCAGCAGCAAUCGCAGACGCCAUACGGCCUCCCCCCACAGGCGCAAGCCCCACCACCUCGCACUGGCCCACCUCCGCAGGGACCGCCGCGAGGAGUGACACCUUCGACCCAGUCCAGUGCGGCACCACCUCAGGGACCGCCCCGAACUGGGUCGACCCCUGCCUCAGGGCCUCCGCCUGGCGCUGCCUCGACUGCAAGGCCAUCCUUUCCCCCUGGCGACCGCUCACAAAUCUCAGCCACAGCACAGCCAAUUGUAGACCUCCUGACUCCUGAGAUCACUCGUAUUAGGACUGUGGCACCACCAACGUUCAAGCCUCAGGUUGAAGACAUGGCAAAGCGAAUCAACAUCUUGUUUGACCACCUAAACAAUGACGACUUGUUGAAGCCAGACACUGUUCAACAAAUGGUUCAGAUUGCGCAACACGUGCAGGGCAAGGAGUGGGACCAGGCACAGUCACUGUUCACCGAGAUGCAGUCAACGAAGCUGGAGACGGAGGGGAAGAACUGGAUGGUCGGUAUUAAACGGCUGAUAGCCAUUGGCCGAGCUACCAAAGCUUGA